CUGUGUGAGAAUAAAACAGCCAGCCAUCUAUCGUCUAUCAUCAUAACAAAUCUCGAUCAAUUCAAAACUCUGUGCAUACACAGUAACACCAAAAUUCACAUCCAUUCGAUUUAAUAACGGAAGAACGAUUUUUCAGAGAGGAAAAUUUAAAUUUAUUUUUUGAUAAUGAUAACUGAUAGUGGUAUUUUGGUUUCCCAAGGAGUCCCAGCGUCAGCGACAAUUAACGAUCUGCCAAAUGAAGUAACAGAUAAUACUAUCACUCUGAAGUGGGACGAACCGCAAAAUAAUGGAAGAGUAAUCACACAGUACACUGUGUACCAAAGAAUAGUGACUGAUGGUAAGCCAGGAGAGUGGAUCAAGCUAACGACAAUUACAGAUGUCUCAGUGAGGCAAUUACAAGUUGAAUUGAAGAAAGGCGAGGUGAAUGAAUUUGUGGUUACUGCAACAAACGAAUUUGGUGAGAGUUUAAUAGAAGAUGGAAAGAUUACGAGAGUCAAGGCAAUCGGAGUGUCACCGACAAUAACCAAGAAAAGUAAAAGUAAAGUAAUUGUUGUCGAGGAAAACGUACUGUACUUGGUGUGCCAAGCCGAGGGUUAUCCCACACCCAGUGUUACUUGGAGGAAAAAUGGCAAGGUGCUUCAAUCAAACAUCAGUAAAACCGACUUCAUCAUUGACGACACCAGUGAAAAAGACGCUGGAAAAUAUGAAUGUGAAGCAUCUAACUCUGUAGGAACAGUGAGUUACACUGUGGAAGUUACAAUCAAAGGUUCGUCGUGUAACGAGACAACUCUUCACAUUAUUUAUAUCAUUGUCAUCCUCGUGUUGUUGAUUAUUAUUCUUAUUCUGAUUAUCGUCCAACGGAGACAGCGCAAUGGUGCGGUGACCUCAAAUACAAAUAGGAGAAAAAAAUGUGCAGAGUGUGGCGGAGAGUUUGUUGUCCUGAAUCCUCUAGCUGUGAAACCUGACCAACAGUCCUCUAGCAACAAAGCGUCUGGUGACUCCGCAACCUAUGCAGCUCCAACCAGGGGAGACUACAUGCCUCUUCACCCUUCGGGACGAACCUGGGAAAUUAACCGAGAACAGGUCAAGAUAACUAAAGUUGUCGGUAAAGGAGCUUUUUCUCGAGUUGCCAAAGCAACAGCGUGGAAUGUAAGCGGCAACGAGGAGCACACAACCGUUGCUGUCAAAAUGUUAAAAGCGAAUGCUCCAGAAUCAGACAGAAGGGCCUUGCUGUCAGAACUUGAAUUGAUGAAAAAGCUGAAACCUCAUCCUCACGUGAUCAAGUUGAUGGGAUGUGUUACUGUAUCUGAUCCACUUCUUGUCCUUAUUGAAUAUGUGCCUUACGGUGACCUGCGGGGAUACUUGAGGAAGAGUCGGGGGCUCAACGACACGUACUUUAAAGACCCGGAUGUGAAACCGCAAACCAGUCUGACAUCGGAACAGUUAAUGAGGUUCGCUUGGCAAGUUGCUGAUGGAAUGCUUUAUUUGUCCUCAAGAAAGAUAAUCCAUCGUGACUUGGCGGCCAGAAAUGUCCUUGUCGGUGAAGGAGAGAAAUGUAAGGUGACAGAUUUUGGGAUGGCGACGAAUGUUCAGCAGGAUGAUAUCUGCACCAAACAAAGUCGGGGUCGUCUGCCCGUUAAGUGGACUGCUUAUGAAGCUUUGUUACAUGGAACAUACACAACACAAAGUGACGUGUGAGUAUUAGUGGUGUACAAAGUCCUGGGUUAUGGUAUUUUGGUUUCCCAAGGAGUCCCAGCGUCAGCGACAAUUAACGAUCUGCCAAAUGAAGUAACAGAUAAUACUAUCACUCUGAAGUGGGACGAACCGCAAAAUAAUGGAAGAGUAAUCACACAGUACACUGUGUACCAAAGAAUAGUGACUGAUGGUAAGCCAGGAGAGUGGAUCAAGCUAACGACAAUUACAGAUGUCUCAGUGAGGCAAUUACAAGUUGAAUUGAAGAAAGGCGAGGUGAAUGAAUUUGUGGUUACUGCAACAAACGAAUUUGGUGAGAGUUUAAUAGAAGAUGGAAAGAUUACGAGAGUCAAGGCAAUCGGAGUGUCACCGACAAUAACCAAGAAAAGUAAAAGUAAAGUAAUUGUUGUCGAGGAAAACGUACUGUACUUGGUGUGCCAAGCCGAGGGUUAUCCCACACCCAGUGUUACUUGGAGGAAAAAUGGCAAGGUGCUUCAAUCAAACAUCAGUAAAACCGACUUCAUCAUUGACGACACCAGUGAAAAAGACGCUGGAAAAUAUGAAUGUGAAGCAUCUAACUCUGUAGGAACAGUGAGUUACACUGUGGAAGUUACAAUCAAAGGUUCGUCGUGUAACGAGACAACUCUUCACAUUAUUUAUAUCAUUGUCAUCCUCGUGUUGUUGAUUAUUAUUCUUAUUCUGAUUAUCGUCCAACGGAGACAGCGCAAUGGUGCGGUGACCUCAAAUACAAAUAGGAGAAAAAAAUGUGCAGAGUGUGGCGGAGAGUUUGUUGUCCUGAAUCCUCUAGCUGUGAAACCUGACCAACAGUCCUCUAGCAACAAAGCGUCUGGUGACUCCGCAACCUAUGCAGCUCCAACCAGGGGAGACUACAUGCCUCUUCACCCUUCGGGACGAACCUGGGAAAUUAACCGAGAACAGGUCAAGAUAACUAAAGUUGUCGGUAAAGGAGCUUUUUCUCGAGUUGCCAAAGCAACAGCGUGGAAUGUAAGCGGCAACGAGGAGCACACAACCGUUGCUGUCAAAAUGUUAAAAGCGAAUGCUCCAGAAUCAGACAGAAGGGCCUUGCUGUCAGAACUUGAAUUGAUGAAAAAGCUGAAACCUCAUCCUCACGUGAUCAAGUUGAUGGGAUGUGUUACUGUAUCUGAUCCACUUCUUGUCCUUAUUGAAUAUGUGCCUUACGGUGACCUGCGGGGAUACUUGAGGAAGAGUCGGGGGCUCAACGACACGUACUUUAAAGACCCGGAUGUGAAACCGCAAACCAGUCUGACAUCGGAACAGUUAAUGAGGUUCGCUUGGCAAGUUGCUGAUGGAAUGCUUUAUUUGUCCUCAAGAAAGAUAAUCCAUCGUGACUUGGCGGCCAGAAAUGUCCUUGUCGGUGAAGGAGAGAAAUGUAAGGUGACAGAUUUUGGGAUGGCGACGAAUGUUCAGCAGGAUGAUAUCUGCACCAAACAAAGUCGGGGUCGUCUGCCCGUUAAGUGGACUGCUUAUGAAGCUUUGUUACAUGGAACAUACACAACACAAAGUGACGUCUGGAGCUAUGGUGUUCUGUUGUACGAGAUCCUCACUGUAGGUGGAUCUCCGUAUCCGGGAAUUAACGCUCGGCAAAUCGCCAGGAAACUACAAGAUGGAUUCAGAAUGCCAAAACCAAAACAUGUGGAUAACAAACUAUACCAGAUUAUGCUCAAGUGUUGGGAAGAAAACCCAAGUGCUCGACCAACCUUUGCCAAGCUUAAAGACACAAUGAAAGAAAUGGAGGGAAACCACAGGACUUACGUCAACCUCAAAAAGUAUGACGACAGUUUGUAUGCAAAUGUUGAGGAUCUUACAGCUGAAUGACUGUUUUACCUGCUUGCUUUGUAAUCUAGAUG